AUGGCUCCAAAGACCGCACCCAAGGCAAAGGCCACCGCCAAGGCAGGCCGAGCUUCAGGGGCCACAUUCUCAGGCAAGGCAAAAGCCAAGGUGAAGAAGGAGGACACGGUUCGGGAGGGAUGCCACAUGAUGCCACUUCGGGAGUCGGGAGGUCUGAACCAACCCAGCCAGGAGCAAGAGGACGAGAAGUCGAAAGUUCCUCAGCCGAACAAGGCUGCUAUGGGUGCCGGGGUGGACGGGGAAGAGUUCGAUGCUAAGUCCGAGAAGAUCCAGGAGGAGAUCAACAAACUGCAGGAGAAGCAGAAGAAGCUCACCGAGAAGAUCCAGGAGCGCUCCGGCGGCAAGGAGGAGUUCUAUGCCAAGAAGGCCGAGCUUCGUGCGCAGCUUGAUGUUGUCACGGAUAAGAUCAAUGGGCUGCAGGAGAAGAAGGACCUGUUUGAUGGAUCUCAAGACGAGAUCAACAAGGCUGUGGGCAACAAGCGAGAAGAAGGCCGCGAGAUGCGCUCGCAGCUGAAGCCCGUCUUAAGGAACACCAUGAAGAAGACCGUCGGCUUCACCAGCCAGCAGGAGAUCAGCACAGCUUUUCAACACUUCUUUCGAUCCUUCCUUGUGAAACAUCUUUCGCGUGGUCUUCUGCCUACAGAGAUCAACAACCGCAUUGCCACGAUCGAGUUCCAGCUGUGCACGGAAUCCGUGCCUUUGAAGGAGGAGAAGAAACUUUUGGCCGAGAUCCAGACCCUGAAGAAGAAUCGCUCCAAGGUGGACACCAUGAACACGAUGGAGCAGAACUUGGCCAACUUCGACCCUGGCAUGUCCAUGAAGGAGCAGAAGGAUGCGAUCAACGCAGACAUUGCGCAGUACCGCGACGAGAAGAAGAAGAUCCAGGAUCAGAUGACGGAGCUGUCCGAGGCCCGCAAAACCCAACUGGGACCCAUCGAGGAGAUCCAAAACGAGCGCAAUGCCAUUGGCGAGAAGUUGAGGGCAAAGAUCGAGGAGCGCAACGCGCUGCGCGACGAGUACCGUCAGCAGGAGCGCGAGUACUGGGCCUACCAGCAGGAGCUCCGCAAAGCUCGCCAGGAGCGCUACGCAGCUGAGCGCGCAGAGAAGCAGAAGGAGUACGACCUCCGCCGCAAACAGCGAGAAGCGGAGAAGCUGGAUGAGCAGCCCUAUGUUGGUGAGAUCACCCUCAUCGAGCAGACGAUCAAGUAUUGCAAGGGCCUGGUGCAGUCCAAGACAGAGGAGAAGAAGGACGAGAAGAAGGAGGUUAGCUUGGCAUCGGUAGGGCCAGCCAUGUGUUCACUGCCUGCGCGUGGGCGACAUCUUGAGAUCGUGCACGACGUCCCAGACGGCGGCGAGGUUCUGCUGCGCAAGGAAGAUCGUGAGGAGGAGUUCUACUUUGCGCCCCUCAAAGCGGGCAAGAAGGGCAAGAGCAAGCCGAAAGGCAGCUUCUAUCUGCCUGGAAUCCAAUCCAACCAGAGCCCGACAAAAGGCCUCUUCGAUCAGCUGAAGCUCGAUGCGCCCCUCUCUACAGAGCAGGUCCCUGCCUUGUUGGAGGAGCUGGAGAAGCAGCUUGGCUUGGCACGUUUCUGGUUUCAGGCCCUGCGCUUUGGGGGCCCGUGUCCGGCUAAGGUGAAGGAGUGGGAGGAGAAGCGCGAGGACUGGGUGUAG